AUGUCUCGCCUCAGACUGCUCGGACCUCAGGGGCGUGCACUGCUCGUGAACAGAGGUUGCAGGAAGUUGCAGAUCGACGGUGCCGGACACACCGUCGGGAAGAAAGUCUCAGGCUGGCGUGGAGUUGUUGAACGGAAUCGCCGACUGAGAAGGAUCGACGCCACACGCGCAAACGGCGAUUGGGAUGCGCCGACAGGGUGGGUUCAAUCGAACGAAGGGCAGGGAUUAAAUAGCGAUUGGGAAGUCUGGUGUUUGGACAAUGGAGCUCUGCGCGAUCUGGGGGGAGACGUGCGAUUUGGAGAGGGUGACCAAAGGCUGCGAUUUGAAGGGGAAGAAAAUGGGGUUAUCCUCGUUUUAGUGGCGUCUAAUAGGUUUAAGGGUUGA